AUGGCUUCCACAGGGGAUCCAGACCUGCAGAACCUCAGCAACUACAACCCGGAGCGACUUGACAUGUCUGAGAUCAGGGUGGUACUGCUCGGAAACAGUCUUUCUGAGAGGAUUGCUGCUGUAAACUUCAUCCUGGAGGUGCCGCUGUUCAGCAGAAAGGAGGAACCAGACUAUACGCCCGUCAGAGGACUGUUUAAUGACCUGGAAUUGGUUCUGAUCAACACCCCAGAUGUUCUGGACCCCAACAUGUCUGAAGACAAACUGACAGAGUUCAUGGAGAACACUGUGAGACUUUCUACUCCUAGACCUCAUGUGUUCCUGCUGGUUCUGCAGCCUGAAGACUUCACUGAAGAACACGACCAGCGGCUCCACAGAGUCCUGAAGCUGUUUGCUGAUCGGCCGUUUGAUCACGCUCUGGUUCUUCUAUCAACGCCCAAAACCAAAGCCUUGCACUUCAUGAAGAAGAACAGGCUGCCUCCCUGCUUGAAAGACCUGAUCAAAGUGUGUGACUACAGGUUCCCGUGGAGGUAG